AUGGGGCUCCUGUACUCGGAGCCGGGCAGUGUCUUGAACGUGAUGUCUACUGCACUCAACGACACCGUGGAGUUUUACCGCUGGACCUGGAGCAUCGCAGAUAAACGUGUAGAAGAUUGGCCUCUGAUGCAGUCUCCAUUGCCUACACUAAGUAUAAGUACCCUUUAUCUCCUAUUUGUGUGGCUGGGUCCAAAAUGGAUGAAGAACCGAGAACCUUUUCAGAUGCGCUUAGUGCUCAUUCUCUACAAUUUUGGGAUGGUUUUACUUAAUUUUUAUAUCUUCAGAGAGUUAUUCAUGGGAUCAUAUAAUGCAGGAUACAGCUAUGUUUGCCAGAGUGUGGAUUACUCAAAUAAUGUUCAUGAAGUCAGGAUAGCUGCUGCUUUGUGGUGGUACUUUGUAUCUAAAGGAGUUGAAUAUUUGGACACAGUAUUUUUUAUCCUAAGGAAGAAAAACAACCAAGUUUCUUUCCUUCAUGUUUAUCACCAUUGUACAAUGUUUACAUUGUGGUGGAUUGGAAUUAAGUGGGUGGCAGGGGGACAAGCAUUUUUUGGAGCCCAGCUGAAUUCCUUUAUUCAUGUGAUUAUGUAUUCAUACUAUGCACUGUCUGCUCUUGGCCCCUGGAUUCAGAAGUAUCUCUGGUGGAAACGCUAUCUGACCAUGUUGCAGCUGAUUCAGUUCCAUGUGACCAUUGGACACACAGCAUUAUCUCUUUGGAAUGAUUGUCCCUUCCCAAAGUGGAUGCAUUGGGCUCUGAUUGUCUAUGCCAUCAGCUUCAUAUUUCUCUUUCUUAACUUCUAUGUCCGGACAUACAAUGUGCCUAGGAAAUCAAAAACUGGAAAAACAGCUGUGAAUGGUAUUUCAGCAAAUGGUGUGAACAAAUCGGAAAAACAGUUAGUGAUAGAAAAUGGAAAAAAGCAGAAAAAUGGAAAAGCAAAAGGAGAGUAA